UCACUUCCUGGAGACUGGCUGAAUCCGGAAGUGAUCCCCGAAGACUGAGGUGCACCGGGGGAUCCUGACGCCCGCCCAGGUUUAGGAACAUGAGUUGGAUUCCUUUUAAGAUUGGGCAGCCCAAGAAACAGAUUGUUCCCAAAACAGUGGAGAGAGACUUUGAAAGGGAGUAUGGAAAACUCCAGCAGCUGGAAGAGCAGACCAAGCGGCUGCAGAAGGACAUGAAGAAGAGUACAGAUGCCGACCUAGCCAUGUCAAAAUCUGCAGUGAAGAUUUCCCUGGACCUACUCUCCAAUCCCCUCUGUGAGCAGGACCAGGACUUUUUGAACAUGGUAACAGCCCUGGACACGGCUAUGAAGCGGAUGGACGCCUUCAACCAGGAAAAGGUGAACCAGAUCCAGAAGACGGUGAUUGAACCCUUGAAAAAGUUUGGCAAUGUCUUCCCGAGCCUCAAUAUGGCAGUGAAGAGGCGGGAGCAGGCCCUGCAGGACUACCGGCGACUGCAGGCCAAGGUGGAGAAGUAUGAGGAGAAGGAGAAGACGGGACCUGUGCUGGCCAAGCUCCACCAGGCCCGAGAAGAGCUGCGACCUGUGCAGGAAGACUUCGAGGCCAAGAACAAGCAGCUCCUGGACGAGAUGCCGAGGUUCUACGGCAGCCGCCUUGACUACUUCCAGCCCAGCUUUGAGUCCCUGAUCCGGGCGCAGGUGGUGUACUACUCAGAAAUGCACAAGAUCUUCGGAGACCUGACCCAGCAGCUUGACCAGCCCGGCCACUCAGAUGAGCAGCGAGAGCGGGAGAACGAGGCCAAGCUGAGCGAGCUCCGAGCCCUCUCCAUCGUGGCCGAUGACUGAGCUCACCCCCCUCAGACUCCUGGUGCUGGCAGGUUGGGUCCUGUGGUGGCCCCUUCACCUGAGUGCCUUCGUUGCCCAGAGCCUGACACUAGAAGCUCCCAGCAGGCUGCCUCUCCCUGCUCGUGGCCCCAGAGGUAGGUAAGCAGUGUAGAAAAACCCUGGGGACCUUUUCACUUCCAGAGCCGUCCAGGGCAGAGCAAGCUUCAUCCAUUGGAGGCCUGUGUCCUUCGGCAGCGCAGCUGAAGUAAGCUCUGCCUGCAGACAGAGACUGCAUCUACCUCCAGAGGGCCCGUCCUGGGGAUCCAACCCUCUUGCCGCUCUUCACCCCAAAGCAUGGUUUGCUGCCCUGGGGAAUGGGGAGGUCAUGCAGUCCCCUCGCUGGAGCAUGACAAAGGCUGCUCGGGUGCAGGGACAAGCCCCGGGUCGUCUUCAGGGAGCUGGGACUACCCUUCCACACAGAAUGUCAUGUGUCAUUGCACAGGUCUGAGCCAGCACAGAGGGUUUGUUGCACCUGGAUACGUAUUUGGAAUUUUAUUUUUUCAAGUAGAAUUUCCAAUAAAACAUCACAUAGUGUUGUGCUGUAACUUCCAGAGGAGGGAAUGCUGUCACAGCUUCUCCAGGGCCUGUGCCAGGCUUCCUAUGCCCUGCCCACCUUCCAGAGGGCUGGGUGGUGCCAGUAAGGUCACAGGGACGAAGCCAGCAUGGGACAGCACUAGGCAACCCAGAAAAGAAACAGGAA